AUGGCUACUAAGUUGGCCGCCAGACUCGCGGUUCUCAUCGACGCGAACAACGCGCAGCCUGCGCUGACCGGCGCUAUUCUUACUGAAGUCGCCAAAUAUGGUACUGCCCACGUGAAACGGGCGUACGGCGACUGGUCCGCCAUCAGCAUGAGAAGCUGGAAGUACGAACUUCUCGGCCAGUCGAUUCGACCAAUGCAGCAGAUCGCCUACACUUCCCACAAAAACGCGACCGACUCGGCUAUGAUCAUUGACGCCAUGGACUUGCUCCACGCCAAGCAAUUUGACGGCUUUUGCCUCGUUUCCAGCGACAACGACUUCACCCCCCUAGCCCUGCGCAUUCGCGAGUCGGGCCUGAGCGUGUACGGCUUCGGUCACUGUCACACGCCCAAGGCCUUCAUGGCGGCAUGCAACAAGUUCAUCUACGUCGAUGACAUCGUCGACGCCAAGCAGCUGGCCAGCCAUGCCGUCACCGCACCGCCACAGGAGCAUACCUCGUCUAUUACUCCGGAUAGCCACGCUCAGCUGGGCAAAAUCCUGCUGGACACGGUCGAACACCUAUCAGUUGAGACGGGGUGGGCCUCAUUGUAUCAAGUCGAACUUCGCUUUACCAUGUUGUAUCCAAACUUUGACCCUGGCAGGUUGGGGUACCCCAAAGAAUUCUCAAGAAUGGUUGAGGCUACUGGCCUCUUUGAUUUUGACCGUCGUCAAGAUCAAGAAGUUUUACAUGCAUGGUGUCCGUUUCGUGACGCACAAGACAAGGCUGUCCAACCAUUGCGGUCUUUGUAA